AUGCGCAUGGACAAACUGACCACGCAGUUCCAGCAGGCGCUCGCCGAUGCGCAGAGCCUGGCCGUCGGCCGCGACAGCGCGGCCAUCGAGCCCGUGCAUCUGGCGCUCGCCCUGCUCAAUCUCGAACGCAGCGCGGUGACGCCGCUGCUGCAGAACGCGGGCGUCGAUCUGAACGGCCUGCGCAGCCGGCUCAACCAGGCCGUCGAGGCGCUGCCGCGCCUGGGCCAGGCCACCGGCGACGUCAACGUGAGCCAGGAGCUCAACCGCCUGCUCAACCUGACCGACAAGCUCGCGCAGGAGAAGAAGGAUCAGUUCAUCUCGAGUGAGCUGUUCCUGCUCGCCGCGCUCGACGACAAGGGCGCGCUCGGCCGCGCGCUGAAGGAAUCCGGCGCGCGCAAGGAAACGCUGUCGGCCGCCAUCGACAAGCUGCGCAACGGUGCCAAGGUCGAUUCGCAGAACGCCGAGGAAAACCGCCAGUCGCUCGAGAAGUACACAAUCGAUCUGACCGAGCGCGCGCGCUCGGGCAAGCUCGAUCCGGUGAUCGGCCGCGAUGAGGAAAUCCGCCGGCUCAUUCAAGUGCUCUCGCGCCGCACCAAGAACAAUCCGGCGCUGAUCGGCGAGCCCGGCGUGGGCAAGACCGCGAUCGUCGAAGGCCUUGCGCAGCGCAUCGUCAACGGCGAAGUGCCCGAGUCGCUCAAGAACAAGCGCCUGCUCUCGCUCGACCUCGGCAGCCUGAUCGCGGGCGCCAAGUUCCGCGGCGAGUUCGAGGAGCGCCUCAAGAACGUGCUCGGCGAUCUGUCGAAGGCCGAAGGCGGCGUGAUCCUGUUCAUCGACGAGAUCCACACGCUGGUCGGUGCCGGCAAGGCCGAUGGCGCGAUGGACGCGGGCAACAUGCUCAAGCCGGCGCUCGCGCGCGGUGAGCUGCAUUGCAUCGGCGCCACCACGCUCGACGAAUAUCGCAAGUACAUCGAGAAGGAUGCGGCGCUCGAACGCCGUUUCCAGAAGGUGCUCGUCGGCGAACCCAGCGUCGAGGACAGCAUCGCGAUCCUGCGCGGGCUCAAGGCGCGCUACGAGCUGCAUCACGGCGUCGACAUCACCGACGGCGCGAUC